AUGAAUGGCAUGGACAACUCUGAAAUCACAAAUCCUGUGAUUCUUGAGGCUUCGAAUCCACCUUCUGUUAUGCACUAUGGUAACGUGUACAAAACAAAAACCACUGAACUCUGUGAUCAGAGUGAUGCCAUGUCAGAUUUUCUGUUCAGUCUUGUCAAAAUGGAACGUAUUUUGGAAAAGAAGCAAAAAGCAGUUGCUGUUUUAAAAGGAAUGAAUGAAACAGUUGAAUCUCAGGUCUCAGCUGAAUCUUCUCCCGUAACUCCUGAAUUUCAGCACAAGUACGCCACUCUCAUUUUACAUCUCGACGAAUUGAAUCAAGAGCUGAAAUAUCACAUUGGCAUAGUGCUUCAUCACAUCACAGAGACUCCGCCACCCAUUAAUGAAGAUGGAUAUGUUCCGCACUAUCAAGAUCACGAGUUUCAUGUUUCUAUGCCAACUCAACAGUGCUCAGUGCUUCCCGUUUACGAGUCACAAGAAAUGGUGAUUGACACCCUGCCGAUGUCUGGUGGAUCAUGCGAUAUUGCUGGGGACUAUGGGAUGCAAGAUGUCAUUCUCGUGACGGAUUGGCGUAGACGUUGCGAGGAUGAGGCGUAUGAAAUCGUAAACAGACUAAAGUCCUCUCAGGGUUCCUCCACGGUAGACGAAUCUAAGUUCAUUUUGGUUGCAAAGUUGACGACAAUCCUAACACUGCUGUCGCUCAUUAACAACUCACAGCAUCUGCAAGAGAACCGGAUGAGCAACAGUGAGCUAAGUUGUAUUGAGGAGGUCUUCGCGGACAUAAGGCAGCACCUACAUCCCAGUAAUCUUAAAUGUUUUGAACAGAGCGUUGAACAACUAAUAUCCCACAUCGUGCUUAACCUCUCACCAAGCAUCCUCCCAAUGUCCACAUCGAACGCAGCCAGUGCACCCUCCAACAACAAUGUGAAUCCCACCGAGCCUCCCUAUCCCGGACACUCCGCAGGCUAG